AGGCGGCGGCCAGACAAAGAUGAGGAUCGGGACCGCUUGAAAGUGGGGGAAAGUGCCGGCGCCUCCGCCAACCGGGAAAGCCGCUCGCCAGCGCCGAAGCCAGCAGCCGCCGAGGACACCUGCUCGAAGCUGGAGCGAGCGCCCGGGCGCGACCCGUGACAUGAGGCUGUGACCGCUGCCGCCCUCCACGCCACUCUGGGCAGUGCAGCGCCACGCCGGAGAGUGUCGGAGGACUUGACCCCGAGAAGUCUUGAUUGAUCCGCAACGGACUAGCCCCUACAAACUCGCCUACAGACCAGGAAGGCUGAGAGCCACAGCAGCGGGGACCGAGAGGCCCUAAGGGCCCAGGGGCCCCAAGGAGGACGAGGCGGCCGGAGCCGCCGGGGCGCGCGGCUAUGAUGGUGCACUGUGCUGGCUGUGAGCGGCCCAUCCUCGACCGCUUUCUGCUGAACGUACUAGACCGCGCGUGGCAUAUCAAAUGUGUUCAAUGCUGCGAGUGCAAAACCAACCUCUCGGAGAAGUGCUUUUCCCGGGAAGGCAAACUGUACUGUAAAAACGACUUCUUCAGGCGCUUUGGCACAAAGUGCGCAGGCUGUGCGCAAGGUAUCUCUCCAAGCGACCUGGUGCGUAAGGCCCGGAGCAAAGUCUUCCACCUCAACUGCUUCACCUGCAUGGUGUGCAACAAGCAGCUAUCCACGGGAGAGGAGCUCUACGUGAUCGACGAGAACAAGUUUGUGUGCAAGGACGACUACUUAAGCUCCUCUAGCCUCAAGGAGGGAAGUCUCAACUCAGUGUCAUCCUGUACGGACCGCAGUUUGUCCCCGGACCUCCAGGAUCCGUUACAGGACGACCCCAAAGAGACCGACAACUCGACCUCAUCGGACAAGGAAACCGCUAACAACGAGAAUGAGGAACAGAACUCCGGCACCAAACGGCGCGGCCCGCGCACCACCAUCAAGGCCAAGCAGCUGGAGACGCUCAAGGCGGCCUUCGCAGCCACGCCCAAGCCCACGCGCCACAUCCGCGAACAGCUGGCACAAGAGACAGGCCUCAACAUGAGGGUCAUUCAGGUGUGGUUUCAGAACCGAAGGUCCAAAGAACGCCGCAUGAAACAGCUGAGCGCUCUGGGCGCGCGGAGACACGCCUUCUUCCGGAGUCCGCGGCGCAUGCGUCCCCUAGGCGGCCGCUUGGACGAAUCCGAGAUGUUGGGGUCUACCCCAUACACUUAUUACGGAGACUACCAAAGUGACUACUAUGCUCCGGGAGGCAACUACGAUUUCUUCGCGCACGGUCCGCCGUCGCAGGCGCAAUCCCCUGCCGACUCCAGCUUCCUGGCAGCGUCGGGACCUGGCUCGACGCCGCUGGGCGCGCUGGAACCGCCGCUGGCUGGGCCUCACGGCGCGGACAACCCCAGAUUCACCGACAUGAUCUCGCACCCGGACACGCCCAGCCCCGAGCCAGGCCUGCCCGGCGCGCUGCACCCCAUGCCGGGAGAGGUGUUCAGCGGCGGGCCUAGCCCGCCCUUCCCCAUGAGCGGCACCAGCGGCUACAGUGGACCCCUGUCGCACCCCAACCCUGAGCUCAACGAAGCGGCCGUAUGGUAAGGCCGAGGGGCUGAGUUGUCCCCCUGCCACCAAGCCCGGGAUGGGACGCCGCCUGGGUAAGCCUCAAGAGUCCUCUGUUGGGUUCGCACCCAACCAGGCCACUCGCAUCACCACCCCUCAGAGCUUCGGCACGCGCCUGCGCAAUUUCUCGGGACCAAAGUCAAUAUUCUGGAGG